GUGAGGAAGAAACAAAGCAGCCUCAAAGAUCCAGGUCGUCGAAGAAGCGGUUUAGUUGUUGUUGUUGCUGCUGUUGUUGCUGUUGUUGUUGUGUUCUUGAUACUACCGCUGCUGCUGCUACUCCUCCUAGCCUCUUCUCACUUUUCAUCUCUCCUCCGCUGGCUCAAUUAUAACCAGCUGGUCCGCCUAGGCUCUGCCUGGCUUCCUGCGCGCACGCCUGCUACACUACACGUCCUCACCUCACCUCGACAUAUCGCGUCACAACAGACCCUUCCACUCCCUCACUCCCUCCUCCUGCUCACUGUCUCACUCUCUCACUCUCUCACCAAUGCUCUCCCUUCUCCAAGAUGCGGUGCUCGAUGCCUCCUCACCCGCCUCCUCCCACGCCCUGCUUCCCCCAGAACAGACGCGUGUGCUGCAAACCGUCAGUCUCACGUCAUUGUUUACCACCCUCCCCACCUCUCCACACUAACUCCCCCCUCCAGAAAAUAUCCACUCUAGCCUCAAAACUCGAUUCGAUAACUCGCCAGCAAACCCUACACUCGUCCGUUAUCGCGGCAGCAGACUCCCUGCGCAAGCUCGGCCCAGCACCCUCUUCCGAUGCCGCGCUGCAAGACGCGGACGCAUUCAUCGCCUCAUCGCCGUUCCAGUCGAGCACCGACACCGAGCUCGUCGCUGUUCAAAAUGAGCUUCUAGAAGCCCAGCGCGUUCUUUUGGCUCAUUACCGCGCACUCAGCCAGCAAGUCGCAGAGGACUACGUCUUUCCCUUGACCUCUGUUCUCGCAACGAUGCCUGAUCCUGAUUCGCUUGCUGCUGCGAAACGCUCCACCGAUUUCGACAUGGAGUCUCUUUUAACCUCUGACUCCACCUCCACAUUCGACGGCUCCGACACCCUGAAUCUGCAGCAUCUCAUAAAUCUCGACGCGCGCUCGGCUCUGGCCGAAAGCGAAUCAAGUCGGCGCCAGCUGCAGCAGUCCAUUGCCGAACUCGAGGCAUCGAUAGUCGAGAUCUCAGCCGAAAAGAGUGAGCAGCACGUUGCUGUCACUCGCGAUUUGGAAAAGGCCCAGUCUGAGCUUGCGACAUUGCAGCAGCAAACGUCGUCGUCGUCGCGCGAUCUUUCUACGGUUGAAGACAGUCCAGAUACUACAGCACUGCUGUCUCAGAUUGAGCGAUUACAGGCCGAGAUCCAGCAGCAAUCCAGCCAGCACGCCUCCGAAUUCGAGACGAUUCUUAUGCAGAACGCGCAGCUGAACGAGAAACUGAAUGCUACAGCAGGCCUGAUCUCUUCUGAAGAGGCAAACGCUCUGCGCGAGGAAUUGACAAAUACGAAAACCGAACUCGUAAACACGCAAAAUCGUUUACGUGAGAAAGAAGAGGAAUAUACGCGUGAUUUGGCCUCUGCGGGCGCCAUGAUCGCGGCCGCAAGCUCAAACAACGAAGCCGCUUCGCGACGCGCGCUGCUGGAGACCGAGCUGCGUCAGAGCCUCGAGCAGGCCGAGACUGAGGUCACCCGGCUACUAGAGCUCAACGCGCAAAAGGACCAGCAGAUUUCUCGACUACGGGCCGCAACGGCUACAAGUAUCCCGCUAGCUGCUGCUGACGAAGCAAAGCAGUCGCUGCAGCAGGAGAACACGGAUCUGCGGUCUAAGGUUUCCAAGCUGGAGAGCGAACUCGCAAGUCUAUCAGAAGAGCACGCUGCCGAAUUCCAGACGAUCCUGAUGCAAAACGCGGUCCUUAGCGAACGUCUGGCAGGAUUGGAAGCCAGCCGAGCAGAAAAACGGACUUCCGCGUCGAACAUUGCGCAACAAGGCAAGAAUCCCACGCCGCUCAGGCCGGGCUCGAGAGUACUCACUCCCGGCAGCGGCAUCGACGACGAGCACUCAGUCGCUCAGCUAAAGGCGGAGCUGCGGCAGGUGCAGGCCGGCUACGACUCUCUGCUCCAGCAGUCGCUCGAGUUUGAAGGCGAGCGGAUUUCGCUCGAACACGAGCUCGACGCAGUCCGCGAACGUAAUCUCGAGCUGGAGGCGCACAUUGCGGAUUCGCGGGUGCGAGUGCUUGCGGCGCACACGGAUAGCAGUGGUGGCGUGGCGAGCAAUAUUAUAAACACGCCAGGGGAAAGUGCGUCGGUUGCGGUCUUGCGAAAGGAGUUCCGAAAGAUGGUGACCGAAAUGAAAGCUACGCAUGCGCAGGCUAUGAAAGCCGAGCUUGAGGAGAGACGACGGCUUGAGAAGGUUAUCAGAGACCUGCGGCGGAUGGCAUGAUUAAUUGAAAUGAUACGGGACGACGAGAUGAUCUACGAGUAGGAGAGAAGAGGAACGAGAGAGUCAGGAAAGGGAAAAAUUUUUCUUCACCUUCCGCCUCAGACACACGUCUUAGACAUGACUGACUACGAUCACGAGAACCUUUUUGUACAUUUUUUGAUACUAUAGAAACGGGGUAUUCAGACGACGAUCAAUUCGGACAACUGUAAAACCUGGAUGGACUGUGCGCGCGCAAGAGACGGUGGGGGCGGCACCGUUCGAAACCGAGAUUCGGCGGGAUGUGAGGAAAGUUUGCAUCGGAAAAACGAAAGCCCGAAGGUAUUCCAUGGGUUAGGGCGGAAGGGUGGCCCUCGCCGCCCCCCGGCGCACUAAGACCA